UUACGUUGCUUAAAAUUAUCACCACGGGAUGUAGGACACUUUGUUCCUUGCAGCCCAACACAGGCAACGUUAGCUAUUGUGCCUAUAGCUAUUCCGCUAGCUAGCUUGCUAGCUGGCUGGCAAGGUACACAAUAACGUUAGCUCGACUUCUGGACACGGCGCUGCAACAACAGCGAUGAGACGAGAGUGAAAGCAGGAGCGGAAGUUUGGUUCCACCCAGAAAAACGUCAGUAGAAGAGCAGCGGGCACGAGACAUCCUGAUUACAGAAUGACAAGCUCCUCUACUCCCCGCAUGGUGAACACCACGUACAAGCGGACGUCCAGCCCGCGGUCCCCCACCAACAGUGGCGAGCUCUACACACCCGCACACGAGGAGAACGUCCGCUUCAUCCACGACACCUGGAUGUGUGUCCUGAAAGAGAUCAAGUCACCGCAGAAUGAGCGUAACGAACGCGGGCCGCAGGAGUAUGUGGAGAAGAACCCCAACCCCAGCCUGCACACCUUCACACCCAUUGACCUGAGUGACCUCAAGAAACGCAACACACAGGACGCCAAGAAGUCUUAGUGGACCAGACGCUGUCCUCCUGGGAAGAGCGUGGCCCAGACGCGGCACAGACGCGGGCCAGACGCGGUCCUCCUGGGAAGAGCAGCUUUAAGGCUUUUUUUUUUCUCUCUUUCUUUUCUCUCCUGGGAAACGUCACUCUCCUGUGGCCGUCUGUCCGCCAACCAGGCGCCGGCAUUGGGCCGUCUGUCAGCCGCGUCUCAGCCAGGACUACCCACCAUCCCCUCUCCUCAUCCUCAUCGUCGUCGCCAGGCGGUGGUCUUCAACAGCUCCACCCUGCUCCCGCGUCCCCCGACACACACACACACACACACACACACACACACACACACACA